UUUUUACUUGAGUUUGAGAAUUUUAUCUUUUUCGGCGGCCGAAGGGAAAUCAAGCAGCAAACCGAAUCCGGAGGUGAAGCCAAAUCGAAGAUGGCGUCGCUCGAUACCGAUAUCAAUAUGGUUCCCGCGGAGGAGGGCUCCUCCGGGGCCGGACCUUCCAGCUCCAACCCGACGUCGUCUGCGAAGAAACCGAAACGAUUCGAGAUCAAGAAGUGGAACGCCGUCGCUCUCUGGGCUUGGGAUAUUGUAGUCGAUAAUUGUGCUAUUUGCAGGAAUCAUAUCAUGGAUCUCUGUAUUGAAUGUCAGGCUAAUCAAGCCAGUGCUACAAGUGAAGAGUGCACAGUUGCUUGGGGUGUAUGCAACCAUGCCUUCCACUUUCACUGCAUCAGCCGGUGGUUGAAGACUCGUCAAGUUUGCCCGCUAGAUAACAGUGAAUGGGAAUUCCAAAAAUAUGGUCACUAGGGAAGAAUCAGAUGUGUGUUAACAUUUUCUUCCGGGGAUCGCAAUGGCGCCAAAGAUCUCAAGAGGUACGAUCACUGGUUAAAAUUCGGAUCGUUUGGAUUUCGUAUGAUAUUAAAUUUGCGUAAGCAAGAUUUUUUUAUUAGCUUUUGAUAAUGUGUUUGAAUGGUUGUCGUUCUUGUGUGAUGUAGGUCACUCUUAUUGCUCGUAUUGUAGUAUGAUUAUUUGGUCUUGCUUUUGAGAUGGUUAGAUAUUCAGGGUGGAGAUUCGGAUAAUUCGGUUACUCGGCCGCGGCCGUCGAUUUUUAGAAUUUAUAAUAAUUUUUUUUUUUAAAUGUGCUUCUAAUGUCCUAUAUCCAACAAUUAUUGUGUUUUGGUUUUUUUUUUGCAUCGAGAGAUUGAUAAAAAAAUUUGAAUCAAAAUGAUUGUUUGAUGCUAUA